UCAAUGUUGUGAGUCGUUCUGUUCGGUUCCAUUUUAAACAAAAAUUUAAAAUAUUAUUUUGGAAAUUUUACCCAAAAAUAAAAAAUAAUUUAAAAAUGUACGGAUUCACGGUUUUUACAUUGAUAUUAUGUGUUACAAGUGUAUUAUGUGCACCACCGAAUUGCUCAAAACCACCACCAGAAGUUACAGCUCAGAAAAUACGUCAGUGUUGUAAUGGACCACCAAUUGAUAAAAUUAUGAAAGAAACCUAUGGUGAUCAAUGUAAAAUGGGACCUCCAAAAGGUACAACAUCUGGUACAAUAUCCUCAUCAUCAUCAGCACCAGCUGCAGCAGCAACAAGUGCCGCAUCUACUACAGCAGCUUCAUCAAGUACAUUAGCUAAUACUGCAGCAAGUUCAACUGCUGCAGCAACUUCAACAAAUAAAACACCAGGAUCAUCAUCAGCUCCAGCAUCAGGUUCACCGACAAGUUCAUCAACUGGUAAACCUGCAGGAUUUAAACCUUCCGCAGCAGCAUCAUGUUCAGCUGAAUGCAUGUUGAAUCAAACUCAUGUAUUUGCUAACGGAGAAUAUAAUAAAGCAAAUGCAAAUACAUUCCUUCAUGAUGUUAUUAAAGAUGAUGAUUUUACAGAUAUUUUACAAAAAGCUAUGGAAGAAUGCUCAGAUAAAAGCAAAUCAACAGCUAAAACAUUCGAGGAUCCCAAUGGAAAAUGUAAUCCAUUCUCAAGUAUAUAUUUGCAUUGUGUUACUGAACAUGCUAAUCAAAAAUGCCCAGAAAGUCGAUGGUUACAAACGACAACUUGUAAUAAAGUUCGAAGUUACAUUACAGCAUGUGGCGUUCCAAAUUUUUAAUAAUUAAAUAAGGAAAACGGAAUUUUAAAUAUACAGUUAUGUUAUAUUUCAUAAAUGUUAAUUUUUAUAAAGUUGCAAAUUUGAAAAUCAAGAACCUCUUUAAGUUUUAGAAAAAAAAAAUGGCAGUAUUUACAUUGAGUGUUUGUUUACUUUUUUUUUUAUUUUAUUAUAUUAUUGUUUAAUAUCAAAUAAAUUUAUAAAUUAUUUACAAUAAAAUUUAAAAAAUUACAAUAAAA